AUGGCAAAGCUUAUUCUCCUCACAGGUCUGGCCCUUCUGCUGAAUGCUCAGCUGGGUUCUGCCUACCAGCUGACAUGCUACUUCACCAACUGGGCCCAGUACCGGCCAGGCCUGGGGCGCUUUAAGCCUGACAACAUCGACCCCUGCCUCUGUACUCACCUCAUCUAUGCCUUUGCUGGGAUGAGCAACAACGAGAUCGCCACCAUCGAGUGGGAUGAUGUGACUUUCUACCAAGCUUUCAAUGGCCUGAAAAACAAGAAUAGCCAGCUGAAAACUCUCCUGGCCAUUGGAGGCUGGAACUUUGGAACUGCCCCAUUCACUGCCAUGGUUUCCACUCCUGAGAACCGCCAGACUUUCAUUACCUCAGUCAUCAAAUUCCUGCGUCAGUAUGAGUUUGAUGGGCUGGACUUUGACUGGGAGUACCCUGGCUCUCGUGGAAGCACCCCUCAGGACAAGCACCUCUUUACCGUCCUGGUGCAGGAAAUGCGUGAAGCUUUUGAGCAGGAAGCCAAGCAGGUUAACAAGCCCAGGCUGAUGGUCACCGCAGCAGUAGCUGCUGGCAUCUCCAACAUCCAGUCUGGCUAUGAGAUCCCCCAGCUGUCCCAGUACCUGGACUACAUCCAUGUCAUGACCUAUGACCUCCAUGGCUCCUGGGAGGGCUACACUGGAGAGAACAGCCCCCUCUACAAGUACCCCACUGACACUGGCAGCAACGCCUACCUCAAUGUGGAAUAUGCCAUGAACUACUGGAAGGACAAUGGGGCCCCAGCUGAGAAGCUCAUCGUUGGAUUCCCAGCCUAUGGACACACCUUCAUUCUGAGCAACCCCUCAAACACUGGCAUUGGUGCUCCCACCUCUGGUGCUGGUCCAGCUGGGCCAUAUACCAAGCAGGCUGGAUUCUGGGCCUACUAUGAGAUCUGCACUUUCCUGAAAAACGGAGCCACUCAGGCAUGGGAUGCCCCUCAGGAUGUGCCCUAUGCCUAUAAGGGCAACGAGUGGGUUGGUUACGACAAUGUCAAGAGCUUCAAUAUCAAGGCUCAAUGGCUCAAGCAGAACAACUUUGGAGGUGCCAUGGUCUGGGCCAUUGACCUGGAUGACUUCACUGGUACUUUCUGCAACCAGGGCAAGUUCCCCCUGAUCUCCACCCUGAAGAAUGCCCUUGGCCUUCAGAGUGCAAGUUGUACCGCCCCAGCUCAGCCCAUUGCUCCAAUAACACCUCCCAGCAGUGGGAGUGGGAGUGGGAGUGGAAGUGGGAGUGGAAGCAGUAGUUCUGGGGGCAGUGGAUUCUGUGCUGGCAAAGCCAAUGGACUGUACCCUGUGGCUAAUAACAGAAAUGCCUUCUGGCACUGCCUGAAUGGGAACACAUACCAGCAACACUGCCAGGCCGGGCUUGUCUUUGACACAAGCUGUGAUUGCUGCAACUGGGCAUAAACCUGACCUGUGCCUCCAUUCCCCAUGGUUCUCAAAGGUCUCCUUUGCUUCGACCAUCUUAAUCCUACCUAAAAUUCUGCAAUAAAAUUCAACAGUGAAAACAUGA